UUCUGUCUUAUUCUACCGGCUAUCUUAAACUUGACCUAAGAUUAUGGCUAUGAUACUUUUGUCAUUCUUAAAUCGAGAAGCGCGGGAGUCGCGCGUCGCGUAGACAACAGUUUUUUUAACCACCAAACAUGAUUAGCGCUGUGUGCGUCCUAGUCAUAUCCCUGGUGGGGCUGACCCUGGAGCAGAACAGUGCCCCGCUGUCCCCGUGCCCUAACGUGUUCAGCUACGAACCGCCGGGCACGGAGCCGGGCCGGUGGUACGGCGUCGUUAACCUGUCCACAGACAGCAUCCUACACUCCUUGUGGCUCAACAUUGUACUGGACAGCAAGGCUGACAUACUCGGCAACUGGGUCGGUGACGUCUCAACAACGGACAAUAUCGAUUUCAAAAUCGAAAACACAAAGAUGAAAAUCCAUCCCGGUCCAGCCGUGGCCGUACGCUUCUUCGUUCAAUACAGUCCACUGAACCCUCCAGUUCCUAAACUAAAAGCCAUUAGAUUAAACGGAAGAGAAAUUUGUAAUUCCGAUGCGCCUGUUCCAGUACAAGUGUAUGACAAUGAAGACAUACAAAGUAGACCAGAAAGUAGCACUUACAGAGCUACUUCUCGUCAGACGGAUAGGCCAAGACCAAACCAAGGUUCGAGGCCUGGAGACUCGAGACCUGUAGACUCGAGACCUGGAGACUCGAGGCCAACCGAUGUACGACCAAUAGAUACAUAUAGCAGACCAACGAGUAGGCCAAGUGGCAUUAGGCCUCAGGACGAGGUGACAACGAGGCCCGUGCAAGGGACGCCUGCGCAAGACGGGCCGGUUUACGUGCGUCCGCCACAAGAUGCUGUUCCUUCUAAGAUCGAGAAUGACCCUCCGCGCAAUCAUAUCAACCAACCGAGCUACCACACCCCGUCUCCGCCCUUCCGAACCACCACCACUGUCCGGAACGACCCUGAGGACUUCGAUGAUCCCAGCAGACCAGUAGACCCAUCAGAGUACUUCGGCGGUGGACAGCCUACCAUCGUGGUUCCUCCAAGUGGCAGUAACACGCAGCCACAUUAUGACAGGGAUGUUCAGCAAAAUGAAUGCGGCAAAGUGGUGAAACAGAAUCCCAAUCCCAAUGCGCUGGUCAUAAACGGAGCCCCGACAUACGAGGGCGAGUGGCCUUGGCAGAUUGCGUUAUACCAGACUCAGACUAUAGAUUACAAGUACAUCUGUGGCGGGACGCUGGUGUCCCACCGACACGUCAUCACGGCGGCCCACUGCGUCACCCUGAAGAACAGGAAUCGUGUGGUCAACAAGGGGACCCUCACGGUGUACCUCGGGAAACACAACCUCAGGACAUCCACUACUGGCGUCGAGAUCAGAGCUGUGGAAGACGUCAUCACGCACCCGCAGUACAACGCGAGCAGUUUCAGCCGCGAUCUGGCUGUGUUGGUCCUUCGCGAUCCGGUGCAAUACUCUGACUGGGUGCGCCCCGUGUGCCUCUGGCCCGAGAACCUGGUGGAUAUCAGCAAUAUCAUCGACAAAAAAGGAUCGGUAGUGGGCUGGGGUUUCGACGAGACAGGCUCCGCCACGGAGGAGCUCAACCUGGUGGAGAUGCCCAUUGUCAACCAGCUCACCUGCAUCAAGUCGUACCCCGAAUUCUUCGUCCGUUACACUUCCGAGUACACCUUCUGCGCGGGCUACAGAAAUGGUACUCGAAUCUACAAUAAACAAACGGGAAAUGUAGAAAGUUCGUCGGUGUGCAACGGUGAUAGUGGAGGCGGCAUGGUGUUCAAGAUCGACAACCGCUGGUACCUCCGUGGUCUGGUGUCCUUGUCUGUCUCCAGGCACAACGAGAGACGCUGCGACCCUCAACACUACAUCGUCUUCACUGACAUAGCCAAAUUCCUACCGUGGUUAAAACAGCAUUUGAGUGAUUACUAGGCCACUUUGUAGUGACAACUGUCUAGUUAUGAAGUAAAACAGACUUUAAUGUAAUAGGCCUAGAGGUCAUAUUUUAAUAUAUAUACAGGGUUAGUUUUGUUAGCAACCUCGCGGGACUACAUGGCAGUCAUUAGAAACAACGACGUUUGUUUGCUAAAUAAAAAAAAAAUACAUUUUUGUUUAUCUGUUCUAAAGCUAAGUACUCAAUGUGGAUCGCGAGGCGGCGGCGCUAAUACGAAUGUAAGGUCAGGACGAAUAUUAACCAAGAUAAAUUACAAACCAUUGUUAUCUAAUGUAUUGUGUUAUAUCAAACUCGUAAAACAAACAUUAUUGUUUACUAGCUGAUGCCUGCGACUUCGUUCGCCGAUCAAUUUUUGGUAAGGAGUAAAAAUUAUUAGAGAAAUUUAAUUGUACUUACAGACAAAUGUAACGAUACCUAUACAUACAGAAGAUGCUAAUCAGACUGAAAAAGUAUAAUUUCUAUAGUUUAGCUGAACUAUUAUGACUCUUGUUCAGAUGUCCAGAUCUUCGAUUUUUAUACCUCUACAGAAAAUGCUCACCAGACUGAACAAUUUUUGUUAAGUCGUCAUUUCUAUAUUCCCUAAUAGUUUAGCUGCACCAUCAUGGGUCUACAUCAGGUGUUCCAGAUCUUCGAUUUUUAUAUCUCAACGCUCAUUAAGCUGAAUAACUUUUGUUAAGGCGUCAUUUUAAUAUUUUCUAUAGUUUAGCUGUACCAUCAUUGUUCUUCAUCAGGUGUACCAGUUUUCAAAAUAAUUUACACCCUAAAUGUUGCCCAGGCUCAAUAGCUAUAUACUAACAAAAAAGUUGCCAUUCAAAUCCGUCCAGUAGUUCCGAAGAUUACCGUGUACAAACAUACAGACAAACAUUUACUUUUUUUCAAAUUCUCACUCUGUUGCUGUGACUCUAUCGCCUAAUUUUAUUUUUAUGUAAAUUUAUUUAAUGUACAGGAUUUUUUUUUCUACUGUUUUAUUAUAUGUAUUGAUGACAUUGAUGAUGUCCGCUGUCUAGACCAGCGGUUUGCUAUAUUUCAAAGUAACCCUGUAUUAUAGUAGCGUAUUCAUAAAAUUAUUGUGGUGAUGAGCGAUAGUCGUUACGGACCCAACUACGACGCGUAACGGCUGAGGAAGAAGCCGGGACCACGCUAAUUAAGAGUCACAAUAUCAAUUCCUUGCCUAUAUUAUUUUAGUCUUAUUUUACUCCAGUUACCGACUAGAAUCAACGUCGCGAAAGAAGUCAACAUAUGAAACUAUCAAUAAAAGAUCGGCCACGUUGUUGUUGUAAGCUAAUGUAGUGCAGUGUCCAGAAAGCCUACCGCAAAACAUAGCACAUUAUUAACGUCCACAUGCUAUCUCUUAUAGUGCCCAUAUCGUGUAAAAAAAGAGACGAAACAAACAUGUGGACGUGCUACGUGUUUUGUGUUUCGUGGUAGCCCCCCAGGAACUGUCUAUAAUUUUCUGUGGCCCGAUUGUAGAAACCCAAAUGUUAUCAUGUCAUGCCGUUAUGUAGAUAGAUACAACAACAGUACAACCACGAAUACAACAUAUUUAGUUGUAGGAUAUUAUUAACGUAGUUUGAAGAUACAUUUUAUGACUAUUAUUAGCUAGCGGCUCUAAUAUUCUUUCUAAUUUAGAUGUCAGAUGUCAGCACUGUGACAAGGUGCUAUUGGGCAAUAAUUUGACACGAAAUUGACAGCUGUUUGACAGUUCUUAAAGUGCUAUCGUUUGAAUUUUAAAAUGUCAAUGAUAUGAAUAAUAUCAAGUUGAAUGAAAUUAAGUGACGGUUUAUUGAUGACGUUUAGAACAAUCAAGGCCUCAUAUGUAAUCUGUGAUGCUCUCUAUAACGAUAUACUUACUUUGAAAUUAACAAAUGUUAAUAAAUAAAUAAAAAAUAAAAAUAAAAAGUUAGACUUGUUUCAACUUUUAAUAGUAAGUUAAUUAUACUUAUUAUUUUUAAUUUGUAUUAAGUUUAGUCGAAUAGCAUAAUAAUUCAGAACAAUAUUUUUAAUUCUUCGUCAUUCCAACUAUUUCAUAGACUGAAAAUAUAUACACAUUCGGUUUAAA